AUGGAAAGUAAGUAAUAGAAAGCCAGAAAAUUUUUGACAGCUGAAGAUGAGCUUAAAGCCUGCCAAAUGAUAAGCCUUCUUGAACUUCACGACGAAUCAGAAGAUUUCCUUGAGCCAGUAGAUUGAAAGUUUCUUAAUCUUCCUGACUACCCGUUUGUCAUCAAGAACCCAAUAGAUCUCGGCACAAUUAAAAAUAAACUAAAUAGAAAAGUUUACCGCAAUUUAUCUGAAUUUAUUACAGAUAUACAACUAAUCUGGGACAAUUGUAAAUUUUAUAACGAACGAAGCACAGUAAAAAAUAAAUAGGAUUUUCGUCAACGGGCUGAAUUUUUGGAAAAACAAAUGAAAAGAUAUUGCGUAAAAUUAAGGAUUCCAAUGCCAAAAGGUAGGCUGAAAAGGCUAAAAGAUAAAGAAACAGCUGGAAUUGAGAAUUCUGACACUGUAACAUUUGAAGAAAAAUGAGAAAUGUUAGGAAAAAUUAAAAAAUUAGGCCAGUUUUCUUUACUCCCCCCGUCCUUGAUCGAACGAUUGACUGAAAAAUUCCUAAAAAUUGGAAAAUUAACCCCGUCCUUGAUCGAACGAAUGCAAAUUUUUAUAUUUAUACAAAUAUAUUAGUUAUCAAAAGCUUGGGAGAUGUGCCUAAUGAAGUUGUUGUCAGAGGCUUUGAGACGACAAAAAGCUACGGAAUCAACCAUCCGAAGUGCUUUAGUCAUCAGCCUGGGCUUAAAAACUCAAUAAUCUAAAAAAUAGAAAUUCUUUAAAAUUUAAAAUUUUUAUUCAAUAAGAAACAAAUUAAAAUUUAUACAGUUUAAAGGGGUAACCAAAAAAUUAAAAAUAUUAAAAAUUGGUAUUCUUAUGAAAUUAAUUUAAUUUUUUGCUGAAAAAAAUAAUUAUUAAAUACUCUUAACCCUCUUAUUUAAAAGUAAAUAAAAAAAAUAUAUAUAUUUUUUAUUUUAUAUAUAAAAAUUUUUUUUAACCCCAAUCCUUGAUCGAACGAUGGCGAGCCGUUCGAUCAAGGAUGGGGGGAGUUAGAAGAAGUGGUGCGUCUAAUAAGAAUGAAUGCACCAGAAGCAGUAGAAAAUGAAGAAAAAGAGAAAAUAAGGGUAAAGCUCGACGAUCUUGACAGAGCUACAUUUACAAGAAUGCAAGAAAUUAUUAACGAAAGCACCUCACUUGAAAGCUUGCCAAGAAAGGCCUAUAAUGCUUAA